GAGAAGUUCGUUAUAAUUUUCGGUUAGCAGAAAAUACGACAGGAGUGUGAUAUUCUAUUCUAUUCUCGAGAAGUUAUAAAAACAAGUGCAACGUGAAAUCUGUGAUAUAAUUGAUGUGUAUUUUUUCUUAUGUUACAUUUCCUUGUAAUUGGCGUAGAAAAUUAUCUUCAUAAAAGUGCUUCAGAGUAGGAUUACUUCAAAGUAAGAAAGUUGUACAGGAUGGAAUUAUUUCAGUCUGUGGACAAACAGAUACGAUUUACGUUGUUACUUGCUCCAUUUCAAGCGAUGACAAGGAUUGAACUAGAGGCUUAUGUAAAUAAUAUCGUGGAAUGUUACUUGGAUGUUAAAAAUCCUUCCAACAAGACAUUAAAUGUGACUGUAACAAAAGUACCAGAUGCAAAACGUCAAAUCAUUGUAAAUACAGACAAAUUAGAAAUUUCUGGACAGAGUAGUAGCACAAUAUCCAUUAAAUGGUCCCCUAAAGAAACAGGAUGCUGGCGAGAUGUUCUACAAUUUACUGAUAGCAGACGGAUUAAAUAUGACAUUGCUAUAACAACAACUGCUAAGACAAAUAAAGAAAAGAUACAAAAAAAGUUAUCAAAGAAAGCAAUAUUAUCGAAACUACCUGUUCUUUCUGUACCAACUGUAAAUAAACAACUUUGCGGAGAUGUGUCGUUGAGUGUUCCGAAUAAAGGCAGUCAGUCAUUGUGUCUCAAUUUGAGUAAACAAAUGAGAGCAGAUGAGCAGACAAAGCAUGAGAACAGUUUGAACAAAGAGAAUGUCCUGAGCAAAUAUGAGGUGAAAAUUUACACAACGCAAGAAGACAGAAUGAAAUCCCGUCGUUAUGACUAUCAUGAAUCAACAAGUAUUUUAUCCGAGCAGAAUUCGAAUGUGUGGAAUGACGGCAGUGUGGUGUCUCAAGCCUUUCUUACUUGGAGUAAGCCGCAAGAGAUACGAAGGGCCACGUACGUCAAGGAGAAAAGACACUAUAAUGGCACUACGACGAUAUAUGGACGCAGUGAGGAGGUAACUGAAGAUGUGGCGUGUAUCGGAGAUCGAUCCAAGUCGAAUUUCUCUAUGCUGAUAAAUGAGCUAAAAUUUACAACUACGGACGUGAUCACGGUUUCUCCGCAGCCUGUGAAGAAGGAAUCAGCAGAAUUCACGAGCUCAUUGAACGAGGAAACUUGCGAUGAGAGGAACAAGACCUUCGCUGUCGGUCACCGAACUUACGAAAUACCCACCAUUUCCGUCCAAGAGACGAAUAGUAACAUCUUGUCGCCGGCACCGCGACCGCUGGAAUGUUGCGAGUUGUCCUUCAAAGAUGGUGUGAACAAUUUGAUCGCAUCGUCGCCGAUUGUUCAGCGAUCACGCAUCGAAAUAUCAAAAACUGAGCACUCCGGACAUCUUGUAGAUAAUGUAGAUUACAGCGGUAAAGUAAAUCAUGGAUACUUUAGUUGCACGACUAUCCCCGAGGAUAUCGGGACGGUGAAGAAUGCAAAAGAUGUAUAUAUCGAGAUCUCCCCGCCAAAGAAAUACCUCUCUAAGGCGUGUUCACCACUGUUUAGUACAAAAGCCGGCAGAGUCACGAAGGAAAAAAAUCUCCACAAUGGCAGAAACGCAAAAGGACUCCAACUGUUUGUACCUGUUACAGCGAAAAAAGGCACGAAGAAGAAUGCAUCAACCGUCAAGAUAAACAAGUCUCUCUGCACCUUGCGCCAAAUGAAGAAGGCUUACCCGAUUACACCGGUUACCCGGGAAUCGAGGCCGCACACCGAGGAAAUCUCCAUCUAUGAAGUGUUCAUGCCGAGUCCCUUCACAUCGUCCAUGACGGAAAAUCCUUUUCUUAAAAACACGGCAAGCGUCUCCAACGAGAAGUGGUUGUUGCGGCAGGAACUGGUGUUCACACUGUGGCUGAACAGUGUGCUGUCCACGCCGAAGGACUUGCGUGUCAACAUCGACAACGCGAUCACAGACACCAUCGACAAGUGGCAGUCACGAAAGGACCGCGACGAAGGGAUCGAUGUUAAUGCGCCAUGUGCUGCGAUUCUGAGAACCGCAUCCACCAGUUGUCACACGACGAAGAAGCUGCAAGUCUUGCGGAGAGACGCGUACGCCAUGCUUCACCGCGCCGAGAUGACGGGAAUGAAAACGCGCAUCGACAGAUGCAUCACCGAGGGGAUGUUGUACGUCAGACCAGAUCGUGAUCUACAUCGGGACUUUGGUCUGCAGAAAGAUGUGCUGAGCGUGUUCUUGUGCUACAAUCCGCUGUGGCUACGCAUCGGCCUGGAGGCCGUGUACAACGAGAGCAUUCCCCUGCGCAACAAUAACGACCUGUUCGGCCUCAGCCGCUUCAUCACGGAGCGGUUCUUCACGAACCCGCAGCUGACGAGGACUCCGGGUUACCACAGGGCCGACCCAAGCAAGAAGUUCCUCAAAGCGCUCAAUCAAUUCAUGCUGAAGAAGUUUCUCCUGCUGGUGUACUUCCUGGACUACGCGAAGCAGCGCAAGCUGAUCACCCACGACCCGUGCCUGUUCCGCAAGCAGGCCGCGUGGAAGACAAGUCGCGAGAUCCUGCUGCGCUUCUCGCGCGACCUCCUCGCCGGGGUCGGUGACGUGACGAAGAUCCUACGCGUCUACGACUACGUGUUGACGCACCGGCAGACCCACAUCGACGAGUACGAGUAUGAGGUGACGGACAUCCGGCAGGACUUGCGCGACGGCGUACGGCUGUGUCGCGUCGUCGAGCUGAUCACCGGCGUCGACGGACUCACUCAGCAGUGCAGAGCGCCGGCGAUAUCGCGCCUGCAGAAGGUGCACAACGUGGAGGUGGCGCUGAGCGCGUUGCGCCAGAUCGGUGGUGUUCUCGCGGACGACGUGGAGGCCAAGUACGUCGCCUAUGGCGACCGCAUGAAGACCUUGUCGCUCUUAUGGCAGAUCGUUCGCAAGAUCCAGGCGCCGAGGUUCGACCGAGCGGCCCGCACGAUUCAGAAGUGGUGGCGCUCGCGAAUGUGGCAGACUCGCGUGAGGAAUUACCUGCACGAGCGCAGGAAUUACGCCGCUUACGUGAUUCAGCGCGCAUGGAGACUGCAACACUGCGAGACGAAAGUCAGCGAAGAACGAGUGAGCCUCCUGCGCGCCAAGGAAGCCGCGAUACGGCUGCAGCGAUGGUGGAGGCUGGCGCGGGAGAGCGUGCGCGUGAAGAAUCGCCGUGAGCUGGAAGACAAACGCCGGAAUGCGGUGCUCGUGUUGCAGAGGAGAUGGCGAGCGGCGUUGCUGAUGAGAACACACCGAGAACGUUAUCGCGACAUGAAGAACGCCGCGACGCGGAUACGGUCCUGGUGGCGAUCCAGCAGGCUCGCGCGAGAGAAACGCGAAUGGUUCCUCCGCUGCAGGAGGAGCGCGCUCGUCAUCCAGAGGGUAUGGAAGAUGUACCAAGCGCGGCAGCGACGAAAGCGAGACGCCUGCUUGUUGAGGAUACAGACAUGGUGGAGGGCGACCUCGUGUUCGCGCAGGUAUCAGCUGCGGAGGUCCUCCUGUGUGAAGAUACAGCGAUGGUGGCGAGAACGGCAGCGUUACCGGGCGCAACGGCGAGCGGUGUCUCUGAUAGAAUCCUGGUACCUUUGCACGAAGGCCGGCAGAACCGCUCGAGAAGACUACUUGCGGAUGAAGGACGCCGCGACGCGAGUGCAGACCUGGUGGCGCUCGGUGAUGAUCGCGCGCGAAGACCACCGUAGAUACCAACAGCUUCGUCAGAGCAUCGUUAUCGUGCAGACUUAUUGGCGGCGACGUGCCUCGGCUCGUCGGGAUCGUCGGCAGUUUUUGGUCAAGAGGAAAGCAUGCGUUUGCCUGCAAUCUUAUUGGCGGCGAAUGAUCCAAGUGAGAAGGUGCUACGAACGACGCAGGAGCUGCGUGAUUAUACUGCAAAGGAGGUGGCGCGCGGCCCUAGCCGGUCGCAUCGCGAGGAGGGAGUACGAGGACAUCCGGGCGAGCGUCAUCGUCGUGCAGAGCCGUUGGAGGGCUUUCGUGGCGAGGAGGCGGUUCCUCCGUUGUCGGCGGGCCGCGAUCGUCAUUCAAUCGUAUUACAGGAUGAGGCUCGCGAUGAGACGAUACGACGAUGUGAGGCGAGCCGUUUUGACGAUCCAGGUAUAUUGGCGUUGUAAGCGGAAGAGGAUCGAAGCGGAGUCGCUGAGGAGGCGGCACCAAGAGGACCUCGUCUUGGUCGUUCUGAAUCUUCAGAACGAAUGCGAGGGUGCUCCGUCGGAUCAGCCGCUUGGCAGCGCCAUACUUCCCAGCGACAACUAUUGGCAUCAGACGAUCGACAUACUGCGUACUUGUAAUAAUGUCGGGACCUUGCUCACCUGCCUCAGCAGUCUGGAUACCAUAACGAAGUUUUCACCUACGGUUUGUGUGACCCUCUGCCAGCUGAACCUGGUCGACGAGAUUUACAAAACGAUAAGCCAGCGCAACAGGUCGCAACCGUGGAUGAUCGUCUGCCAGCGAGCGUGCAGUAUUCUCAUCACCCUUGCGAAAUACCCUUACACGAGGAAAUGUAUCGUUAAGCAAGAACAUGCGCUGUUGUUAGUGAAGCUUCUGAGUGACGCGACGAAGGACAAGGAUGUAUUCCUGCAUUGUGCCACUUUAAUAUGGCUCCUUUGUCACGAUGAAGACUACUCGAAGACUAUGACAAUGCGUUCGGACAUAAGCUGGCUGCUGCGAAACAUUCAGCAAAAGGUCUCGACGGCCACGACAAUGGCUAAACUUCAAAAAUCAAAGAAUCUCGAGAGAUUAUAUUCCAGCUAUGAUUCUGAUCGAAGCAGCACGCUCCAGUUCAGUAAUAUGAAUGCCGCCAUUUUAGCUAUUAUCGAUAGGACUAAUAUAUAUUAAUAAUUUACAAGGUUAGUAAGAGUAAUCUUCUGAUGAACGCGUUACCAAAGUUUUGCCUUCUCGAAAAAUAUGUUCUCACUUGUCCAUCACUUGUAGCGAUGAAUUUAAAAACACCCUCCGAAAAGAUACAAAUUGAAAAACUGGCGAUCCUGUGCAGGAAGCCGCAAAAAAGUCAAAACGAUUAAGUUUUCAUUCUGCUUUAAUAAUCGACUCAUUCCUAAAAACGUGGCAGAACACUGACAACGAUGAUAAUUUGAUUUGUGUGCGUAUAAUACAAUAAAAGAUAAAUUUAAUCUUUAUUUACAGUGCUACUCGCAAAUAAAAUUAAUAAUAUAAUAAUAAUAAUAAUGAUGAUGAUGAUGAUGAUGAUGAUGAUGAUGAUGAUGAUGAUGAUGAUGAUGAGAAUGAUGAUGUUGGCGAUAAUGAUAUUAAUAACGAUGAGAGUGAUGACGAUAAAUUAUAACUAUGUAAUAGUAAUAAAACCGCAAUUAGCAACAGCAGCAGUAGACUCGAUAG